AACCCCAUCUUAUUACUAUAUAUAUGAUCUCACUCCACUCUUCAAAACAUAAAGACAAACAAUUAGUUAAGCUGGAAACUCAAACAAGUUUCUCUUCUCUUCUCUGUACUCCAACCUUUAUUUAAUUCACCUAGUUUUGCUGUUUUUGUUUUGGGAGUAAUGGACAACAGUAAUGGCAAUGAGGAAGUUCCCUCAGCUCCUUCAACUCCAGUAACACCAGGCACUCCUGGUGCUCCUCUCUUUGGUGGGUUCAAGCCAGAUCACAGAUCAAGUGGGAUUGGUAGGAAAUCACUUCUCAAGAGCUGCAGCAAGUGCUUUACUGUUGAUGAUUGGGCUUUGGAAGAAGGAGCAUUGCCUAAAGCUUUUUGUGCACUACCACCCCCUCCUGUCUCACUUGCAAGAAAGGUGGGAGCUGAAUUCCUAGGCACUUUCAUACUGAUAUUUGCUGGGACAGCAACAGCUAUUGUGAACCAAAAGACAGAAGGCACGGAAAGCCUUGUAGGCCUUGCAGCCUCUACCGGACUCGCUGUUAUGGUUGUGAUUUUAUCGACAGGUCACAUCUCUGGAGCUCAUCUGAACCCUGCUGUCACCAUUGCCUUUGCUGCACUCAAGCAUUUCUCAUGGAAACUAGUACCGGUGUACAUUGGAGCACAAGUGUUGGCAUCUAUGUGUUCUGCGUUUGCCUUGAAGGUGAUAUUUCACCCCAUAAUGGGGGGUGGAGUUACAGUUCCUUCAGGAAGUUAUGGUCAGGCUUUUGCUUUGGAGUUCAUCAUCAGCUUCAACCUCAUGUUUGUGGUCACUGCUGUUGCCACCGACACUAGAGCUGUUGGGGAAUUGGCGGGAAUCGCGGUCGGAGCAACUGUAAUGCUUAACAUACUCAUUGCUGGGGAGACAACAGGAGCUUCGAUGAACCCCGUGAGAACACUAGGACCAGCCAUAGCUGCAAACAACUUCAAAGCCAUAUGGGUCUACCUCACUGCACCAGUUCUUGGGGCACUAUGCGGGGCAGGAACCUACACAGCAGUCAAGCUGCCAGAGGAAGAAGGUGAAAAGCCUUUGACAAGGAGCUUCAGAAGAUGACUGCUCAACACCCUCGUCAAGCCUACAUAAAAAAUCCAAAAGCACAUGGUAUGCGACAAGGAAGUGAGAUGAAAUACAGUGGUAUGAUCUCAGUUACAAAUACAAUGACCUAUGGCAGUACAUAAUAGAAAAUGAAAUAGUUAUGUAAUAAUAAUUAGCAAAGGUAGGGAU